CUAGGAAACCCGUUUACGCGACCGCUUUUUUGCCCCAAUAAAUAGCGACUUUUCUGUAAGAAAGCACGAACUGUGCUCGCCUGACGGUUUACUUACUUAUUUUCCCUUACCCAAGUGGGAAUGGGAUGUUUUUGAUUUUACAUUUGUCCUGGUAGAAGAAAUUUAGUCCUCAGAAUGAUACAAAAUACACAAAUGACAUGAUAUCUGACUGUCUGUGCAGCCACAGAGAAGGUACCGUUAGCAAGAGUUGGAAGAUUAGUGCACAGGACGGUUUGACGGUAUUUAUCAUCAGGACCUUUAACUACCACAGCUGAGGUCAAAACGCUAUAGUGGAGCGGGACGUCGGUGGUGUGCGGGGCUCGGGGAGCGGAGCGGUGUCGGUUAACGUUACCAUACCCUGUCUCGGGGACGAUAGCAUGGCUGCGGGAAAGGGAGCGGGGAAGCCCACCUCGCCAUGGGACAAUAUGAAGAUACGGUUCAUCGUUUGCUUCCUCGGAGUUUUCGUGUGCUACUUUUAUUAUGGAAUAUUACAAGAGACGAUCACUCGAGGUGAUUAUGGUCAUGGAGACAAAAAGGAGAAGUUCAGAUUUGCCCGGACAUUGGUCUUGAUCCAGUGCAUUAUCAGCGCUCUGUUUGCUAAGAUCUUGAUUCAGUUUUUUGAGGGCUCCAAGCCGGAUCACACCAAAAGCUGGCUCUACGGGCUGUGUUCCCUCUCUUAUCUCGGAGCCAUGGUGUCUAGUAACUCUGCCCUUCAGUAUGUCAACUACCCAACACAGGUGUUGGGGAAAUCCUGCAAGCCCAUACCAGUGAUGAUCCUCGGUGUGACAAUACUGAGGAAGAAUUACCCACUCGCUAAGUACCUGUGUGUGCUGCUUAUUGUGAGUGGUGUAGCUCUUUUUCUCUACAAACCCAACAAGAGCUCAGCUGUUGCAGAUGACCAUGUUUUUGGGUUUGGAGAGAUUCUGUUGCUGGUCUCUCUGACAUUGGACGGUUUGACUGGUGUGGCCCAGGACCACAUGAGGGCUCGCUUCCAGACGAGUGCCAACCACAUGAUGCUGAAUAUCAACAUGUGGUCCACUCUGGUGCUGGGACUAGCGGUUUUGUGGACAGGGGAGGUUUGGGAGUUCCUAAGUUUUACUGAACGCCACCCGAGCAUCAUCUACAACAUUCUUCUGUUUGGACUGACUAGUGCUUUAGGCCAGACCUUCAUCUUUAUGACUGUGGUGUACUUUGGGCCGCUGACCUGCUCCAUCGUCACCACCACGAGGAAGUUCUUCACCAUCCUCGGCUCCGUUAUUCUGUUUGGCAAUGUCAUGAGUACGAUGCAGUGGAUUGGCACCAUCCUGGUAUUCCUCGGUCUCGGACUUGAUGCUAAAUUUGGCAAAACCCCAAAGAAGACGACACACUGAGAGAAAGACGGAAACAUUGCACAUCAAAUGAACACACUAUAUAGCCAGUAUCUUAUUUUCAUAAGACAUCCUGUUCAGGCAUACUGUAUGUGCCUAUGAUUUAAGCACGGUCAGAUUUUGAACUUAACUGUAUUUAAAAGAGAGUUCUUUUAGUUUUCAACUCCAGCUUCUGUUUACUGUUGAUGUACUGAAAGAUUUACUUGGGAGCAAGUCCUGAAUGACCACAAGAUGCAAAACCUUUGUAGAGGAAUUUGAACUGGUUCAGAGACACAGGUGGAAAAUACUGUAUUUAGACAAAUUCUUAUGUUUCUGAAACCAGCUCACCUCUCUUGGAUGGAUAUUGAACCAAACAAGACCUAAGACAUAUUUUUCCAGCGUUAAACUCAUGAACUUGCCACCAAAUAAGGCUUGGUUUAAAAAUAGUUUCUUAAAUAUGUGUAAUUUCUUGGCAAACAAUUAGCCAACUAUCAUGUCAUGUAUAAGAUAUAAACGGUUGUAUGUAGCCUGUUCUGUUAUGUCCAGUCUUACCAUUGAAUUGUUUUUAAUUUUAUUUUCUACAAGUUGAAAAUAACGUACCAUAAAAGGGAAAUUGUGAUAUUUAAUGGGGAUUUUCUUUUUAUUACACAGACUUCAGUGGAGUGGUUCACAUCAGUUAGUUGAGAUACUCAUCUCUGAUUGGGUGCUGCUUAUUGGAAAAGGAUAUAAAAUAGCCAACAAACAGAUAAUCAUAAAAAUCACUACCACCAGCAACUUAUGUAUCUGUUAGCCAACCUGUUUUUUUUUUUAUUUUAUUAAAAGGCAUAUUACUAACUUUGUGUUUUACCACUAAUCACUUAAUCUAUUAACACAUUCUGACUAUGUUUGUUUAAUUAAGUAGAAAAUCAGAAUCGUUGCUUUCAUGGCCAAAUAUGUCCACACAUACAAGGAUUUUGAUUCAGGUUUGUUUGUUUUGUAAUCAAUGUUACACAGUUAAAAGAAAGAUUUUCAGGAAGAUCGAAAUAGACAAACAGCCACUAACGUGAAGCUUAUACAAUAUUUUGAUCUUUUAAUAAUGUCUUUUUCGGAUGCUUCAAAUAAUAGUAUGUAAACACAUUUUGAGUGUGAAUGCGCCUAAGCACAUUGGAUUUAUAAAGGUAAUAUAUGUUCAUAUAGCGUAAUUACAGGGAAUUUGCCUCUCUGUCAUCAACAGAAUUAAAGAAAAUCAAACUCCUAAAUAUGAGGUACAUCAAAAACCAUCUUUUAAGAGAGAAGAAGAGAAAAUAGUUCUAAGAAAGGCAGAAUAAUGAUUAUAAUUCCCCCUACAUUUAAGGAUUAAAAUGUAUUUCUUGAGUGCAGUUUAAGCGCCCCCUGCAGUCACAUUGUGAUGCAGACAUUUCACAUCCUCACACUGAUGCUAGAGACAAGGGCAGUGAACUGUUAUUUAUCUCCAUCAUGUCACUUGCAUUAAUAAAUUAAAUCGACCUGU